CGGAGGAAGGCGGAGCCUACCUCGCAUCAGGACCAGUCUGGCUGCACCUGCAUCCUUGCCUCAGAGCAUCCCUGGAGCAUCGUAAGAGGCAAGCGCAGCUGGCAACCAGGGACUGCACCGUCGCGGGAGGCGUCUGCCACAUACCUGCCCCCUCCCCUGACCUAGCGCUCCACCGAGGCGGCCGAGGCGCUGACCGACGGCUCCCAGAGUGGCCGGACCACUGCAGAAGCAUUUCCAGCAACAGCCUCUGAUUACGACAUGGCUGAGAUCACCAAUAUCCGACCUAGCUUUGAUGUGUCACCCGUGGUGGCUGGCCUCAUCGGGGCCUCUGUGCUGGUGGUGUGUGUCUCGGUGACCGUCUUUGUCUGGACAUGCUGCCACCAACAGGCAGAGAAGAAGCACAAGAGCCCACCGUACAAGUUUAUCCAUAUGCUCAAAGGCAUCAGCAUAUACCCAGAGACCCUCAGCAACAAGAAGAAAAUCAUCAAAGUGAGGAGAGACAAAGAUGGCCCCGGGAGGGAAGGUGGCCGCGGGAACCUGUUGCUGGAUGCAGCAGAGGGGGGCCUGCUGGGCAGAGACAAGAGUCCCAGGGGGCCUAGCUCCGCAUCCUGUAUAGACCACUUACCCAUCAAAAUGGACUAUGGGGAAGAACUGAGGAGCCCCAUGACGAGCCUGACCCCUGGGGAGAGCAAAACUACAUCUCCGUCAUCUCCGGAGGAGGACGUCACACUGGGAUCCCUCACCUUCUCGGUGGACUACAACUUCCCGAAAAAAGCUCUGGUGGUGACAAUCCAGGAGGCCCAUGGACUGCCGGUGAUGGAUGACCAGACGCAGGGCUCUGACCCCUACAUCAAAAUGACCAUCCUUCCCGACAAGCGGCACCGGGUGAAGACCAGAGUGCUGCGCAAGACCCUGGACCCCGUGUUCGACGAGACCUUCACCUUCUACGGCAUCCCGUACAGCCAGCUGCAGGACCUGGUGCUGCACUUCCUCGUGCUCAGCUUUGACCGCUUCUCCCGGGAUGACGUCAUUGGGGAGGUCAUGGUGCCGCUGGCUGGGGUGGACCCCAGCACGGGCAAGGUGCAGCUGACCAGGGACAUCAUCAAGAGGAACAUCCAGAAGUGCAUUAGCAGAGGGGAGCUCCAGGUGUCUCUGUCAUACCAGCCCGUGGCACAGAGAAUGACAGUGGUGGUCCUCAAAGCCAGACACCUGCCGAAGAUGGAUAUCACCGGUCUCUCAGGUAAUCCUUACGUCAAGGUGAACGUCUACUACGGCAGAAAGCGCAUCGCCAAGAAGAAAACCCACGUGAAGAAGUGCACUUUGAACCCGGUCUUCAACGAGUCUUUCAUCUAUGACAUCCCCACCGACCUGCUGCCUGACAUCAGCAUCGAGUUCCUCGUCAUCGACUUCGACCGCACCACCAAGAACGAGGUGGUGGGGAGGCUGAUCUUGGGGGCGCACAGCGUCACGGCCUGCGGUGCUGAACACUGGAGGGAGGUGUGCGAGAGCCCCCGCAAGCCCGUGGCCAAGUGGCACAGUCUGAGCGAGUACUGACUCCCCCCUCCCCGGGGCCGGGCUGGGGAGGGACGUGGCGGGGACUGAGAUGACAGAGGAGCGGACUCAAAACCUCAUUGUAGUUGUAGAAGCAAAUUUCUUACCAAACCAACCCCACAAAGAACAUCUCACUUGAUGACCACAGCCUGCAGAGCAGUUCUUAGCAAUGAUGAUUUUUUUUCUCCUUUGCAAGGCACUAGAAAUUCUUUCAAAAAAAAAAAAAAGUUGGGGGGAAAAGGAGUGGGAAAGAGCCCUAGGAGUCUAUAUAUAACAAUGUAACCUUAUACUUGCAUGUCUAAUACAAACUCAAGAAAUUAGCCUAACUGCCAAUAUCAAGUUGCAGAUUUUAAUCCAUGAAAGUUGUGUUUUGUGCCGAAUUGUAUUUGCUGAUUACCUGAAAUUGGCCUCUUUUUUAUUUUAUUAUUGUUAUUAUUAUUGGGCUUUUCUGGAGAGUUAACUUCCACUCCCCACCUCUGCAGAAGAAAAUUUUGCUCUUGUACAACCUCGUUUCCAUCAUCCCCAUCUUUUCUCCCUAUCACUCCUUGGCUGAGCUCAAGGUCCCGAGGUCUGUAGCAAGCCAAGGAGCAAAUGUGGGAUGGAUAAGGCAGGGCUUGCAUGGGGAAGAGUACUUGCGCGAUGGGGUAUUUAUACUGUCAGCCUUCCUGCUGCGAUGAACUGGGGAUACGCAUCAGACUUAGCCAGAACUUGGAGCUGCAAAACUAGAUGCUUCUCUAUAGGGAGUUCUGGAGACUUCAUCCAGCUGUCGGAGAGUGCCAGUGAACACAGCCAGCUGACUGCAAAUGCUGCUCUCAGGGGUGAGCACAAGGAGAGGAGAGACGAGGCGACAGCCAUCCUCCUCUGUAGCUACCUCUGGUAGUGACAGCCAUUCCUCGGGAGUCACCGGGUGGGUGGAAGGGUUACCCUGGCCUUCAGAAAUGCUGACCGUGGAGGAGCUUCGGCCUCCUUGGGUGGCUGGGAUGUUACAAGGAAGCUGGUUUUGCUUCCUAAGGGGAAAAGCCCUCAGCAAUGAUUCUUCCUCCUGGAAUUUUUUCAGUAAUGGCUCUCACACACACACACACUCACACAUAGUGUGGCUAACUGGGGAAUAAAGUAACUUGAAUUCUUUCAGAAUAUCCUUCCCCUCAAAACAAAGUGUGCGGUUCUUGGAACUCGCGUGUCCCACGGUACGGUGGAGGUGCAGGGCGCCGGGGUCCCAGCAUCCUCUGCUACCGGGCUGCACGGGCCCAGAGAGAUCCGGCUUCUUGCUGGAAUUCAAAUGCAGGUCUCUUGCUUCCAGCACAGCUGCAUCUCCAAGGUCGAGACGGUCCAGCUGACGGACUUCAGCGUCAGCAGCGGACUUCAGCGUCAGCAGGCGAGCUUGAACAGGCAGGAGGUAUUUAUUUUUUUUCUAGUCUGAAGAGGAACUCAAGCAAAUAAGCCACACCUUGAUCCAGGGCCUCAGAGAUUAGCUGGGACUGGAGAGUCCCCUUCCAUGCAAGGACAUCACUUUCUAACUUUCUUCUGAGGAGGGAGUCGAGGGCCGAGGCUCCGUGGCGAAGGGGGUGGUCUUGCCUUUGGCGUUCCCCGAGCGCUUGUGGAUGUCAAACCGAUCUGCUCUCCUAGAUCCUUCUGGGGUCUCGUUGCGGUUGUGGUAGUGGUUUUAAGUCAGAUUCUUGACAGUGCAGAACGGGCAGGGGCAAAGCCCACUGUGUGUUCCUGUGCCUGUCUGCCCCACCUCCCAUCCUCCAGCACCCCAUCUGACCAUUGGCCCUGCUCACAGCCCCAGGCUCCGUCCUGUAACCCAUGGAAUGUAAAUACUGUAUCAUACGUAGAAGAAGAGAAUUUUUGUUUUCUAAAAAUGCAUUUGGAGAUGGUUUAAUGCAAAUCUGACAGGAGCAUUCUGAAGCCCCGUUCGGAAGCAGUCGAAGCGGCUCCUCUUCAUCGCCUUAAUGUCGAUAGAUCAGAGAUGUUGGAGCAACCCGCCUUGGUUUCCUUCCCAGAAACAGUGCAAAGCAACAGGUGCAGCUGCUCUGGGCUUUGCCCUGCUCUGUGUGCCUCUGUAGCUCCCGCUGACCCACAUCUGGGGAAACAGCCUCGCCUCACUCCUCUCUUCCCCUUCUCCUGGUAGCUUUAUUCCUUGCAUCCUUUGGGUGGGCUGAGCAGGGGGUGGCGAGGUGACAGGGGAGGAACUGGAGUUCUGUAGCCUAGGGGCUGCCUCUGUGUCUUUGCCAGCAACAGGUCAGGGUUCCUCCCUCCUACCUCAGGCCCGAGCCAGCGCGCCCUGGACUUUGCUGUCCCACGGUUUGUUACGUGACUUUGGCUUUUCCACGUGCUCUUUCCAGAGAUAACUGAGAAGCGAGGAGGGAGAAUGCCUUCUCCUCAGUCAGUUGGAAGACAAGAGAGUCACAUCCGAGCUGUUGCACAAGGCGCUCGCGGUCAGGAAUAGGUUAGGGAACGGUCACUUCUGCUUCUCCGGGAGUCAGCCCUUCCCUGCGGAGGUCUCCAGCCCUUGGACUCUCUGGAGGGUAUUCCUUCCGGGGCCCAGCCAGGACGUCCGUGUUUCUGAACCGUGCUGUGGAGAGGGAAGCAGCCAGAACCGGUGUGGAGGGCGGGGGGCUCGCUCAGGAAGGGGAAUGAGCCGAGUGGUUUUUCUUGGGAGGCUUCUCCUGCGGCCAUGCCAGUGACAUUGCCCUUGCUGUGACCCCUCUCUGAAGUGGUCGUCUUUCUUUACCUUGUGUCUUCUCUUGUAAAAAAUGAAACUCAAAAAUAAACGUUGUCAAAUUAAAAAAAAAAA